AUGGAAAAAUUACCAGUUGAAUUAUUCCAUUGUAUUUUGGAUAAUCUUGAUAUAGAAAUAAUCGCUUUCUCAGUUCGAUCGGUAUGUCGAUUAUUUCGAUUGUUUGUUAAUAGUUAUGAUCGAUAUGUUUUGAAUUUGACUUUAAUUUCCAAAAGAAAUUUUUAUCUUCUUUGUCAAUUAAUUAAUCCAAAUAAUGUUACAUCAUUGACACUUGCAAAUGAAGAACAAACACCAAAUCAAAUAGAUUUGUUUAUUUCACUUGUUCGUCUUCGUCAAUUUACUCGACUUCAUUCAAUAACUCUUCUUCACAUUGAUGAAUAUCAAUUAAAUUUUAUUUUAGAACGAAUUAAUCUUAAUUUGGUUACUUCAUUUUCAUUUAGAAUUAAAAAUUACGAUGAUAGACAUAUGCAAAGAACAAACAAUUGUCUUACAUCAAUACUCUCGAAAUCGAGUUUGAGAAAAAUGGAAUUUUAUUUUAGAAAUAAUAGAUUAUCGAAGAUUUCAUGGCCAUUCAAUUGUUCAAUUCAAUCUUUGGUUGUUAAUCGACACAUAACUAUGGAUAAUAUUUUAACUAUACUUCAAUGUUCUCCUCAUUUACAUAAACUUAUUUUGAAAGAGAGAUUAAAUGAGAUCAUCAAUCAUGUCUCACUAAAAUCUACUGCUCCCAUAUAUUUUCGACAGUUAAGAUCGUUAACUAUAGAAAAUCUUAGUGAAACUAUUGAUCUAUUAGAAUCCUUUCUUUUAUUGACACCAUCACUGAUUCAUUUAAAACUUGUUGGUUAUAAACUUAUGUCCAAUGGUAAACAAUGGGAACAAUUCAUUCAAAUAAAUUUACCUAAUUUAGUUAAAUUUGAAUUUUAUUUUGUUUAUUGGAGUGAAGAUAAGAUAACAUCAGAUAGUCUUAAUUUAUUUAUUGAUUCUUUUCGAACUCCAUUUUGGAUUGAACACAAAAAAUGGUUUAUUACUUGUAUAUGCGAUAUCGAACGAUCAAGAGUCAUUUAUCUUUAUUCAAUACCAAUAUGUAUAACUUGUUUUAAAUACGAUGUAGAAUUAUAUAAAAGUUCAUAUUUCAAUUGUCCUACGAUGAUGAUAAAUUCAUAA